AUGAAUCGUUUUGGUGAUAUCGAUGUUUCAUUCAAAAGGCUUCCGCCUGUUUAUGGUUAUCGCAGUGAAAAACCUGUUCCAAUUGAAAAAGCACUAGAGCCUAUCGAGCCUCAAAUUGAUGAACUACCUUAUUACAUAAAGAUCGCUAAACGCAACUGUCAUUUUCCAUCAGAACAUGGACUAACACGUGAUCAAUCAGCUGCUGUGUAUAUCUAUACAAUGGAAUGGGGUGAUACUACUUUAUAUCGCGUAUUAAAUAACGCACUACGAUCUGAAAAUCGACAAGCAUUAAAGAUAUGGUUUCCAUAUUUAAAAUUAUUUGAUACAGCAUUAGAUAAGUUACCUACUGUCAAAGAAGCAGUAUGGAGAGGCGUAUCUCUUGAUAUCGACAAGAACUUCACCAAAAACCAAAUUGUGACAUGGUGGAGUGUUAAUUCGUGUUCGUCAUCAGUCAACGUUAUUAAAAACUUUCUUGGCAAGAACAAAAAUUCAACGCUUUUUCUGAUCGAAGCUGUUAAUGGAAAAAAGAUUUCUGGAUAUACAGAGUACGAAACAGAAGAUGAAAUUAUUUUACGCAUGGGUUCACAAUUUCGCGUGAAGAGCGAUCCUUUAGAUCAAUCGAAUGGCUCACAUCUUGUACAUUUAAUUGAAAUUGAUGACAACGAUGAUCAACCAUUAGCAUCAGCUAUGAACGAUAUGCACUUGGCAGCACCAAAACCAUUAGCUAAAACUACAUUGGGUAAGUUAUUUUUAAUACUUUUUCUCAAGAAAAUAACAAUUUGUAUGAUGCAUAUAUGUAAAAUAAUCAAAAAAAGUCUGAAUAUUGACUAG